CAUUUGACUCACCAAGAGUGAACUGACACACGCGUGUUUCACUAACACAAUGUAAAAACGAAAAGAGAUUGUUGAAUACGCGUGAGGCAUUCGUUGUGGAAUGGUGUGUUUGUAUCCGCGAUAUUACGAGGUAGUAGGAGAAGAGAACGGAGAGAAAUAGAGAUAGCGAAGAGGGACGAGGCAGUUGCCAGCUGGUUGUCGUUUCGAGUGUAGCGUUAACACUGGAGUAAAAUAAAACUGCCUCCAAAGGCCGAUUAUCCCGGACAAAAGUGAAUAAUAUAUUUUAAAUAAAUACCUGGUGAACAAAGCCAUGACGUUGCUGGCGUUGUCAUUGCGAUCAGUCCAGGACAGUCGAUGAAUCAGAGGUGAUGAUUUUUCGUGAGUUUUUGCGUGGAAACAAUAACGAUGUCGUCGGUAUUUUCAAAGUUAAUCGACAAGACGUCAGCGAAGUACGGUGUGAGGCAGGAAACACUGACACGCGGGGUCGUGGGUACUGUCACAGCACUGUAUCUUCUCAAACUGACAUAUCCUCACAUUGUCAAGCUCACCAGCAAGCUGAAUGCCAGGAGGAAGCCAGUGAUAGGGUCCAGCGAGCUCCAGAAAAAUGGCAAAAUCGUUGGUAAAUCGUCACCCACCAAGAGAAUCCCCAACGUCGGUCUCGAUCGGGCCUUUGUCAAGCAACUUGUUGAGCUUCUGAAGAUCAUGGUACCCGGUUGGCGCUCCAAGGAAGCUGGACUAUUGACAUGCGCCACAGUGACAUUACUCGCUAGAACAUUUUUAUCGGUUUAUGUUGCAACACUAGAGGGGCAAAUUGUCAAGAGAAUUGUCCUCAAGGAUGUUCGGGGAUUUUUUAAAAUGCUCACUCGGUGGUUUGCCAUUGCAUUUCCAGCGACUUUCGUUAAUUCGGCGAUUAGAUAUCUGGAGGGAAGGCUUGCACUCAGCUUUAGGGAGCGACUCGUUCAGUAUGCCUACAAGAUGUACUUGUCACAACAGACGUAUUACAGAGUUUCGGCACUCGAUAAUAGACUUGGGGGGGCUGAACAAAGACUGACUGAUGAUUUAUCGGAAUUAGCUUCCUCUAUGGCACAUUUGUACUCCAGUCUCACAAAGCCACUACUAGAUUGUGCACUUGUGGGAAUUGCUUUGGUGUCAUUCUCACAUAGAAUGGGCGCCAGGACAAUACCAGGACCAUUGUUGGCAGCCGGUGUCAUAGCAAUAACCGGUCAGGUACUUCGCCUGGCGUCACCCAGGUUCGGACAACUUGUUGCUGAAGAGGCCACCAGACGUGGACGACUGCGAGAGGCGCAUGCCAGGAUCAGUGCACACGCCGAGGAAAUUGCAUUCUAUGGAGGGCACAACACCGAACAUCGGUAUCUCACCACUGCCUACAGGGCACUCGUCGUCCACCUCCGGAAGGUCCUGGCCCUCAAACUGUGGUACGUCAUGCUGGAACAACUUCUCAUGAAGUACGUGUGGUCUGGCACUGGAUUACUCGUCAUUGCAAUGCCCCUGUUGUAUACGAGCUCCACGACGUUGGCCAGGAGUGCUUACAAUGACGGUGAUGGAGGUGUUAGCGAACGCACUCGUUACCUGACGACCUCGAAAAAUCUCCUCAGUUCAGGUGCCGACGCGGUGGAGCGGCUGAUGUCCUCCUACAAGGAACUAGUAGCCCUGGCCGGUUACGCGAACCGCGUGAGUGAGAUGCUGGACGUCUUCAAGGACACAGCACUCUGCAAAUACCAGAAAAACGUGGUCCUGAGCCAGCAGUUGGUCCGGGGCUCUUUGUUGAACGGUCCAACCUCCAGCGAAAGGAUCCUGGAGUUCAGAGACGGUGCACCAGUGAUAAAGGGCAUUAUCAGAGAGUCCCUGGACGGCAGUAUCGCCCUGGAGAACGUGCCGAUAGUGACGCCCAACUGCGAAGUGAUAGUUCCAAGUCUGACGAUGACGAUAAAACCGGGUGAUCACCUGCUGAUCACAGGUCCCAACGGUUGCGGCAAGAGUUCCCUCUUCAGAAUCAUCUCGGGCCUGUGGCCGGUGUACGGUGGCACCCUGACGCGUCCCGGUGACUCAUAUCUCAUCAGGACGGGAAGGUCCGCGAUGUUUUACAUCCCCCAGAAGCCCUACAUGACAGUUGGCUGUCUGCGAGAGCAGAUAACGUACCCCGCGGACUCCACCAACGCCGGCUGCACCGACGAGGAGCUCCUGGAGCUGCUGGACCUCGUGGACCUGCGGUGCCUCGCUGAGAGAGAGCCCGAGGGACUCGAUGCUAUGGGUGACUGGGACUCCACACUCUCUGGAGGGGAGAAGCAGAGGGUCGCGAUGACGAGGCUCUUCUAUCACGCACCCCAGUACGCACUUCUUGAUGAGUGCACCAGUGCUGUCAGCCUCGAGGCCGAGGGCCUCAUGUACGAGACAGCUAAACGACGGGGAAUUACACUCUUGACGAUUACGCACAGGGUAUCGUCCUUGGCGAAGUACCACAGGUUCGUGCUGAGGUUCGACGGCGAGGGCGGAUGGACGUUUGGACUCCUCGAGGGUAGCGAAGGGAUGAGCACUCCUGGAAGAGAUGUCAGAGGGGAGGGAGGAAAGGAUAAAUUGCAGGAAAUUCGAGAUUUGGUUACUGAGGACUCGCUACCGCACGGCAUCAGCUGAAACCGAACAUGAGUUCUCGAUUUCGUGAUGAUGAUUAUGAUGGAGUUAUGGUGAAUAGGAAAAUUUUUAUAAACAGACUAUUGUAUAUUUAAAUAUUACCGAACCAAUCAGUGGUGAAGGGUGGGAUGAUACGGGACGUUUUGAUUGUUGGAAACGUUCGAAUUCACAUCAAGGCUCACCCUUUCCCUUCUGAACUACGUUCUAUUCUUUAGAUUGAAAUUUCAAUUGUUUAUCUUUUGCUACCAGACAGUAUUUCGUAGCAUACAAAAAUAAAUAAAUACGUGAGAUAGAAAAGUUUAA